AUGCCUAUGCAUUUCAUGUUUGGUUUGGAGACGAGAUUUGACGGGACGGUCCCUUUUUUUUUUUUUUGACAAUGAGGGCUAUCACCGUCGUAUGUGUACAUGUUGUUUCGAGUAAAUUGAUGAUUUCGUUGUUUGUGUUCGAAUGAUGGGGCAAUUGAGGAAGCGGAACAACGAAGGAGCGUUGUUGUCCAAAGAAAAAAAACGCCAGUGGCCACCGCUCCCAGUCACAACUCACAACGGCCAAGUGAGAGAGGCCUUCCGUCUAGUAUAGUACUCCGUAUCUCGGCCCCGUCCAAUGCGAGUCGGGAACCCAAACAGAUAGCAUCCCGCGUCGCCGCGAUGGAAGCCUCGCCCUUGCCAACGCUCGCCGCCUCCCGCUUCCUGUCUCUGCCGCCGCUGCUGGCGCCAACAUGCCCCCGGCGGACCGCUCCCUUCCUCCGCGCGGCCACACAGACGCUGGAAGCGCCGGAGGCGCCCAAACCGCCGCGGCCGUCCCCCAGGCGCAGCGCCGUCGCUGAGGUCAAGGGGGCCCCGGACCCCAUCGCCGCCCUCAACAGGUUUGAGGAGGUACUGCAGACACAAGACUGCAACAUAAUUCUGCGCCACUGCGGGGACACUAGGCGUUGGGAUGACCUCUCUAAGGUCUUCGAGUGGAUGCAGGAGCGCGAGAUGACCAACGCUGCAUCUUAUAGCAGCUACUUCAAGUACCUUGGACUAAGCCGUGACCCUGCGAGGGCGCUUCAAGUGUAUGGUGCCAUCAAAGACCAAACGAUGAAGGUCCAUGUCUCCGUCUGUAAUUCGGUUCUCGGGUGCUUGGUGAAGAAUGGGAGGCUGGACAGCAGCUUCAAGCUCUAUGACGAGAUGAUACGGGAAGGUCUAUCUCCUGAUCCAUUCACCUACAGCACCCUGCUGUCAGGGUGUAUGAAGUUGAAGCAGGGCUACACGAAGGCAAUGGAAUUGAUCAAUGAUAUGAAAUCCCGUGGUCUUCAGAUGGAUAUUGUGAUAUAUGGCACUCUUCUGGCAAUAUGUGCAUCUCAUAACUACUGUGAGGAGGCUGAAGUAUACUUUCAGAAAAUGAAAGAUGAAGGCCAUUGUCCUAACCUGUUCCAUUACAGCUCCCUGUUGAAUGCAUAUUCAGAAAACUCUGAUUAUGAAAAAGCUGAGCUAUUGAUGAAAGAUCUGAGGUCCUCUGGAUUAACACCAAACAAGGUUAUAUUGACCACUUUGUUAAAGGUGUAUUCUAAAGGCGGUCUCUUUGAGAAGGCUAAGGAACUGCUAACUGAACUGGAAGCCUCAGGCUUUGCACAGGAUGAGAUGCCAUACUGCAUAUUGAUUGAUGGGCUUGUCAAAGGUGGGAAGAUACAGGAAGCAAAGAUUCUAUUUAAUGAAAUGAAAGAAAAAGGCGUCAAAUCUGAUGGUUAUGCAUUUAGUAUCAUGAUUUCAGCAUUACACAGAGGUGGUCAUCAUGAAGAAUCAAAACAGCUUGCAAAAGAAUUUGAGUCUGAGAAUGCAUCAUAUGAUCUGGUUAUGCUUAAUACAUCACUGCGCACUUACUGCAGCACCAAUGAUAUGGAGAGUGUAAUGAGGAUGCUAAAGAAAAUGGAUGAAUUGAACAUAUCACCUGAUAAUAUUACAUUUAAUACCUUGAUAAGGUACUUCUGCAAUUCAAAGGUUUAUCACCUAGCAUACAAAACUGUUGAAGAUAUGCAUACAAAGGGUCAUCAAUUAAAUGAGGAGCUUUGUUCUCAUGUAAUGGUACAGCUAGGAAAGGGAGGUUUUCCUUCUGAAGCAUUUUCUUUGUAUAAUAUGUUGAGAUACAGUAAAAGGACAGUACACAAAUCUCUGCAUGAGAAGGCCUUAGGCAUCUUAGUUGCAGCAGAACUUCUCAAGGAAGCUUAUAUAGUUGUUAAGGACAAUGCUGAUCUGAUAUCUCCUGCUUCUUUGGAGAAGUUUGCUAAAUCUUUCAUGGUAUCAGGAAAUAUAAAUCUAAUUAAUGAUGUCAUGAAAGCCCUAAAUCGCUCCGGAUGGCGUAUCAGCCAGGACAUCUUUGGGAGAGCAAUCAAGAGAUACAUCCGCAAGCCUGAUAAGAAGCAGCUGCUGGUGUGCCUCUUGGACUGGAUGAUUGGACAAGGCUAUUCUGUAGACUCGUCAUCAAGGAACUUGCUUUUGAAGAAUGCACAACUUUUUGGCCAAAAACAAAUUAUAGCAGAAAUCCUUUCGAAGCAGCAGACAGCAUCAAGGAAUAUUGGCCAAAGACACAAAAACUGAUAAAGGAAAGAUUUUGUAUAUAUAAGCUGUUCAUAUCCAUCCAGGUACCUCCUUUGAUAAGCCAUGAUUGUCCGAGGAUCAGUUUACUGUCCUCUGAGGGAUCAGUAAGAGACAAGAUAUCAGUUAUCACCCUAAUGUGCAGAUAUGCGUAGGCUGCAAACCAACUUUUAUUAGGAUUUCAGAUUAUGGAACUUUCCCAGGAGACAUCAGUAAAGCUGGGAGUGGAGUACCCCCUUGCUUGCAAUUAUAUGUGUGUUAGAUUAUGUGUUGUCUGGAGGCUUACACCCAGGUAAAUUGUAGCCAUGCUGAGACCUGAGACAGUCAAUGUUUAUCUGUUAUCUCUAUUGAAAGGCUUCAAGUUGUUUGUCUUUAUCACUAAAUUGGUGCCAGUGUUGAGGUGAACUUGGAGAAAGAACCGUGCUUCAGUUUGACAAUAUUUAUUUGUUGAUGGUUAUAUAGGAUGUCCUUUUUAGAGUUGCGUCUAUGGCACGAACUGAUAAACAGUGACAUGAACAGAUAGCUGCUGACCUGCUGUACAAUAUUUUAGCUGAGGCAGAGAGCCUGAGUAUUUUUUCUUAUGCUAGGCGUCAGUUUUGUCUCUGAGAUAUUCUGUUUGAGCUUAGCUGAAUGGUGGGGACUCUAUGAUUGAACUUACACUAAGCAUCAGCAGCCGCAGGAUAUUUUGAAUAAAUAAUAUCAUCCAAUAAGUUUUGAGUCCACAUAUAUUCGAACACAUAAGAUUCCUUCGCGUACAGUUUUGACCAGUUUUGCAGAAUCUUGUUGCAUGUCUAACCUUCAUAAUGAUGUGGGCAUGUGGCCAUCUAUUUGUCCUUUUAUCUCCUUGAAUCGUUGAUGUUGAUGAUACCUGGUAGCAUGCGGUCCUCUUGGUUGCAAGUAGCACUGAAGCACCGAAGGGAGUUCAUUGCAUCGAGACAUUUUGCAGUGCAGAAAGAUGUCAUACUCGGCUAUAUUCAUUGAGUGAGACAUGUUUCCCUUGUUGCAGGCGACAAGACUUUCAGGAAAGAAUAAACCUGGAGGCAUCGAAAUUUAUAAACAUGGAGGCCACGAGGGGCUGAAAUUCAGUGGAAUUCUUGUGAUAAUGGUUUGAGGAAACCGCCUUUCGAAAUUCUGGAGUAUUUCAUGUUUGAGUCCCUUGCUGACAUUUUUUCCCCCAUUUUUUGGGCAGAUGGUGCCAUCCACAUCCACCUUUACUACUCGGUACCCUUCUUCACUCAACCCACUGAAAGCGAGAAGUUUACUCUGCUACGUAUUUUAAUCAGCCAGUGGACAUUAGUGACUUGUGUGUCCCCAGAUAAGAUAAAUUAGCACGAAGGCAUCGUUGUCAGAGUGUACAAAUCACAAAAAAGAAAAUUUGGACAGGUUUGGAGGUGAGGAUCAGCACAACACACAGGAAAAUGGGGCCAAGGCGAGCUAUAGCGAUCAACGAUUGGGCCCCGUGACAGCUCGUCGACUUGUUUUGGCGCAACAUAUUUUUCUUUUCUCCCGAAUGACGGCUCUCAUUUCAUCAACUAUCAGUAACCGGCGUUACCAUCCAAAGUUUCUUUCACAAUUUCUUCAAACCGUGUCGUUGUCAGUUGCCGUCAUUUGGUGGAUUGGAGAUCGCUGGCCAGUCUCGGCAGUCAAGUGGAGGAAUCUCGCAAGCAAUCCCGAAUUCCCGAUCCCGUCCGCAUGGUCGCCAGCCGCACACACACUGGUGGAAUCAUCUUCCUGUGUCUUUGUCUGUGUCUGGCUGGCAUGUAGAGCCCGUUGUAGAUGUGUUCACGUCCAAACCUAAUUGAGUCUGAGUACUCUCUCCGUCUAUAAAUAAAUGCAAUCUCGUUUUUCGACGA